AUGAAGAUGGUAAACUCCUUCAACCUCAAGAGAGCUGCAGCUGGGAUUAAACGCAUUAAUCUCGACGGUCUCCGGUGGCGAGUUUUUGAUGCCAAGGGCCAGAUUCUUGGCAGGCUAGCAUCUCAAAUAGCUACUGUCGUUCAAGGAAAGGAUAAACCAACUUAUACUCCUAACCGUGAUGAUGGAGAUAUUUGCAUUGUGCUUAAUGCCAAAGAUAUUUGUGUGACUGGGAGAAAACUCACAGACAAGGUCUACUACUGGCAUACAGGGUAUAUGGGCCACCUUAAGAAAAGAACUCUGAAGGAUCAGAUGGCCAAAGACCCUACGGAUGUUAUUCGCAAAGCUAUUCUACGCAUGCUGCCUAAAAACAACCUACGUGAUGACAGGGAUAGAAAAUUAAGGAUCUUUCCUGGAAGUGAGCACCCUUUUGGUGAUCGGCCACUGGAACCUUAUGUGAUGCCUCCUAGGACAGUGCGAGAAAUGCGACCACGAGAUAGGCGUGCAAUGAUUCGAGCACAGAAGAAGGCAGAACAGCAACAAGAGAAUGCUGAGCAGCGACAACAGAAUGCGGAUGAAUUGAAGAAUGGCAAAAAGAGCGAAGCACAAGAGAGUGCAUGA